CUGUCAGGUUUUAAAAUUUGUCAAUUUUAGUUUCAUCUAAAAUGAAAAACAUUAACUCAAUAUAAAAACAAAGAUUUUUUACUGUUAGUACAUUAUUAACUAUUUGUUACUUUUUAACAUCUUAUAAAACUUAAGACUCAAUUACGAUGUUGCCUAUGUCUAGUAGCGUUCGACGAUUUCUACUAACCAAGGCGAAAACUUACGUUAGAACUGUAACCACUAGCAAACCAGCUACUUCUUUUGAUGAUGAUCAAAUAAAACAGAAUUAUGAUAUUAUAAUAGCUGGCGGAGGCAUGGUUGGCUGUACCUUAGCUUGUGCUAUCGGCAAAAAUUCUUUACUGUCGCAUUUAAAAGUAUUAUUAUUAGAGGGCAGUCCACAACAAAAGUAUGAAUUUAAACCAGAAUAUAGCAACAGAGUAGUAGCACUAAACCAAAACACAAAAUCUUUGAUGAAUUCUCUGGAAAUUUGGCAGCAUAUAGAAAAAGCACGAGUUCAACCUGUUAGACAUAUGCAGGUUUGGGAUGCAUCUUCAAAUGCAUUAAUAUCUUUCAAUAGUGCUGACAUAAUGGAUGAUGAUGUUGCUUACAUUGUUGAAAAUGAUCUACUAUUACAUGCAGUAAACAAAGAAUUGACGUCUCCUGAUCUUAAAAAUGUAAAUAUAGUUUAUGGAGCAAAAAUAUCAGGAUAUGAAUUAUCAAAACAUGAAGCAUUGACAAGGAAUCUCAUAAAAAUGAACAAUGGGGAUACUUAUUCAUGUAAAUUACUGAUAGGCGCAGAUGGUGCUAACUCCGCUGUCCGCAACGCCAUGGGAGUACAGUACUUAUCAUGGAAUUACGAUCACAUGGGUGUAGUGGCUACUUUGCAUCUCGCUGAGGAAACAGAGAACACAACAGCUUGGCAACGCUGGCUGCCAACUGGCCCAGUAGCGUUGCUGCCGCUCGACUCCAAGCGGAGCUCUUUGGUAUGGUCCACCACUGUCGACCACGCCAAGCAACUACUACAGCUGCCUGAAGAACAAUUCGUCGAUGCUCUUAAUGACGCUUUGUGGAAACAGUACCCGCACAGCAGUGCAGUAGAGGCAUGCACAUCAUGGUUCGGCUCUUGCUUAAAAAGCAUCGGACUGCCAGAUGGCGCGGAGAGGCAACUGCCGCCGUCGGUGAAGAGCAUAGUGUCGGCCUCCCGCGCAGCCUUUCCGUUAGGCUUCGGGCACAGUACUAGAUAUGUCGCCCCUGGUGUCGCUCUUGUCGGCGAUGCAGCGCACCGAGUACAUCCGUUGGCGGGACAAGGCGUUAACCUCGGCUUCGGCGACGUAAAGGAUCUCACCGAAUUUCUGGCGGAUGCCAUCUACACUGGAUUAGAUAUAACUCAUCAUAGCUGGUUAGAAAGAUAUGAGAGUUCACGCCAAAGGCACAAUGUGCCUACUCAGAUAGCGGUGGAUGCUCUGUAUAGGCUGUAUACAGUUGAUCUCCCACCAGUCGUGCUCGUCAGGAGUUUGGGCACUCAGCUUACCAAUGCAUUGCAACCUAUUAAGAAAUUGAUCAUGUCACAUGCCACGACGUAGAAGAAUGGAAAUGUUGAUAAUAAUUACUUUAAAGACAGAGACGGUGCUUAGAAUACUUAGAAAUUGAUCAUGUCACAUGCCACGACGUAGAAGAAUGGAAAUGUUGAUAAUAAUUACUUUAAAGACAGAGACGGUGCUUAGACUACUUAGGUAUAAUAAAUACAUUUUAUGUGUAUGUUACCUAAAUUAUUUGCAGUACCUAUGAAACUUGGCUAUUGAAAAGGGGUUACGUAUGAAACUAGAUAGUAAUCUUCCGUAAAUAUUAAAAAGGAAUUUUGGAUAUUUAUAUAAGAAAAAAAGGUGUAUCUACUUGGUAAGCGUAAGAAAAUUAAUAAAAUAAUUUCAGUCAACUAUAAACCAA